GUCCUCGUGGUCCACAUUAGGAAAAGUUAUCAAGAAUAUGGUCCGUCUUUGGUUGUCACCUGCUUCUCUUCAUUAUCCCAUUGGAUCUCGAGUUUGUAUGCAGCUCUCAUCAGGCACUUGGACAUCAGAACUGCAGGUGUGAGAGAGUCGAAUGUCUAUUAUAGGAGACAGCAGAAGGUCCAAGCAGUCUUCGUGGUGUCAGAAGGGACUGUGAAGACGUAGAGAGUCUUGACUUGGAAGAUAUGGCAGAGCAUGGAGAGCUGCUAUCAGAAAUGGCAACUAUCGGCCGUCUUUCGGCCACUGAGCGCCUGAAGCAGGCGCAGAAGAGACGCGCGCAGCAGCUGAAAGGCUGGGAUCAGAUGGACAAGGACAGUGCCCGUGGUCACAAGGGAGAUGGGGUGAAGAAAAGCAGAAGGGUGACCUUCCACACCAACGUGACGUUACUGGAGGCUUCAGCCAGGAAUGACAUAGAGGAGGUACGAGAGUUGCUGAAUAAUGGAGUCAGUCCAGACCUGUACAAUGAGGACGGGCUCACUGCUCUACAUCAGAGCUGCAUAGAUGAUUUUUUGGAUGUAGCUCGCUGUCUUCUGGACGCGGGCGCAAACGUGAAUGCGUGUGACAGUGAGCUGUGGACCCCUUUACAUGCAGCGGCCACCUGCGGGCACACUGACCUCGUCCAGAUGCUGAUAGAAGCGGGUGCAGAUCUGUUGGCGGUGAAUGCAGAUGGAAACAUGCCGUAUGAUCUGUGUGAGGACGAGGCUACGCUAGAGCUCAUAGAGAUGAUCAUGGCAGAGCAGGGGAUUACUCAGGAGAGAAUUGACGAAUGUCGCGGAGCCAAGGAGAAAGCGAUGCUGUCUGACCUACGAGAGCUGGUGGCGAGCGGAGCUGAUCUGAAUGUGAAGGACGAGCAGGGGGCCGCUCUGCUGCAUAUAGCCGCUGCUAAUGGAUACAUGUCAGUGGGGGAGCUGUUGCUGGAGCACAGGAUGUCUCCUGACGACCGGGACGCUGACGGGUGGACGCCGCUCCAUGCUGCCGCCUGCUGGGGACAGAUCCAUAUGGUGGAGUUGCUGGUGGCUAAUGGUGCGAGUUUAAACGCCAAGUCUGAGCUGGACGAGACUCCUCUGGAUGUGUGCACUGAUGAGGAGGUCCGGGCCAAAAUGAUGGAGUUGAAACACAAGCAUGAUGCCAUCAUGAAGGGUCAGGACAAACACAAGAACACAUUGCAGAGACGAGUGUCCAGCACGGGCAGCAGAGGUAAAGUAGUGAGGCGCAGCAGUGUGAAUGAGCGCAGCAGUCUUUACCGCAGAGAACAUCAGAAGGAAGCCAUGGUGUGGAAAGAGAGAGGAAGACAGACAGAUGCCCUGGAUGAUGAUGAAGACAGACAGACAGAUGCAGAACUGAACCUGCACGCUGCACUGGUGUCCGGCACUAAUGCCACCCCUGUUCCUCCAUUAGAGGUUGUCGAGGUGGAAAACGGAGCUCAGGUUUUGGGAAACGGCAGCACAGUGUCCUUUUCCUCCUCACUUCCUGGAGAACUCCAGGGCGGGGGCCGCAGGGAUCGCAGCGCCUCCUAUCAGCUCACUCCGGAUUCGGAUGCUACCGGCGGGGACAGCAUGAGCAGAGAGAGAUCUCACCACACGCUCGCAGAUCUCAAGCGGCAGAGAGCCGCAGCUAAACUACAGAAACACCCAGCACCUCCUUUACCCCUGUCUGCAGGCCCUCAGGAUGAGCUCGUCCCUGAAGGACCCCAAGGGCCACUGGAACCCACUGAAUCGGUACAGCAGGAUGCGGCCCCCAGUGCAGUGUACUUUACCCAAGCUAGUGGAGAUCCACCUCUACUGAAGCUGAGAGCACCAGAAGAGGACACGACUAACACAAAAGAGCCAUGCUGUGGACUCAUGUAGAAGCAGCAAAUGAACACGUUUGGCUUCAUAUGAUCGCGCAGUUCUUAUGUGCUACAUGGACGAACGUAAAAUAUCAGGCAGGUAUGUGGAAAUGAGUUUUUAUGUCCAAGUCAAGCUUUCUCUCAUUGACUGAGUGAACUCACAUUUUCAACACUAAUAUAAAUAAUAGCACCGGAUAAUGACGGACUACACAGCUUCUGGAUUGAAUAACACAUGAAGAAAUAAGAAGAAAAAAAGAGCCCACGUUUUCAAAACUUCCAUUAUUUGCAGUAUUUUACACUAUUAUGCUAAUCCUUUUCUUUUAUUUAGUUGUUAUGGUCAUUAAAGUUUCAAAGGCUCUGUUCAAUACAGAAAAAAACCCGACACAGCACUUUACUUGACCAAACUUUCAGCAAUCUUCAUAACUUCAAUGGAUAUAUGUAC